GAGACCUCUCAGUAGUUACAUCGCAAGUGACAAGAGUGAAAAACAACCGAUACAAGUAGUGAAUUAUCUGAUAUAGUGAUAUCAUUUUCGUGAAGUUACAAGAGUUGCAUUAAACUGUUUUCGCUUAUUCUUCAGUUGAGCUACAAAGUCAAUUAAAUUGAACAAAACAUUUCAACGGAAGUGAAUCAAUUUGUUGAUGGUUCAUAGUUGACAAAUCGCGAAAAUUGUGUUAAUUAGACAAUUAAUUCAGUGAGUUCAGUGUUCAGUUAUUUUUUCCAUCAAUUCAAUUGUUGAUCACGUGUGAUUGCGCGAAAAUAAAAAAUUGUGAUCUCUUGGUACAACAAUUGUAGUUGGAGACUUCAGUAGUAGCGCUCGCUCACACCAGCUGGCAUCUAGCAAUAUGUCUGUUGUCAGCCAAAUAAAACAUUAUCAGCAGAGUAUUGAAAAAUGCUCCAACAACGAGUCGAGGCUGCUUCAUUGUAUUGAAAAGCUUUACAAGCUUCCCGUGACCGUGCAACAUCUUCAAGAUACGGGAGUAGGCAGAACGGUGAAUGCCCUUCGGAAAUACGAGGGCACAGUUGGUGAUGCAUCGAAGGCUUUAGUGGCAAAAUGGAAAACAAUGGUAGCGGAUGAGGAAAGCACUGACCCUGAGGAUGAUGAUGACCAGACUCAUCCAGAUGUACCCGAACCUAAUAGUGAUAAUUCGGACCUUGGUACUGAUAAGGCCUCCAACCCAGACAAGCCGGACAAAACAUCGGAGAGACAUUCUCACAAAAAGCACGAUUCCAAGCACAAUCAUCAUCAUUCUUCUGAGUCCAGAAGUCGCGAAAAUCCACGAUCUAAAAGCGAAAAAAAGUCUUCUAGAUCAUCCCAAGAUUCAUCGCGAGAAAAAAGAGAGAAGAAUGAAGGGGAGAAAUUGAAAUCGACAAAAGAGAAGGAGAGGCACAGUUCACGAAAAGAAAGUACUCAGGAGUCUCAGAAAAAUCACAAAUCUGAUUCUCUGAACAAAGAGUCCAAGGAAUCGAAUCUUCAUCUGUCCAAGGAGAACAAGCAGGUCAACGGCAGCUCUCAAAAUCGUAAACGAAAGCACGACUCUCCAAAUCGUGAGGAAAAUCCGAGCAAACGGCCCAAUAAUUCCACGGAUGAAAAUUCUGAUGCUGAGGAACGAAUUCACGCUCAACUUUCUUCUACACCAUCUUCUGUAUCAUCGAGUAUGAAAGAUGAGAGUCCAACUCGGAAAAUCCAUGCACACAAGAAGGACUCAAAACGCGACAAGCAUGAGGAAAAAUCCCGUUCCAGUCACCACAAACAUCGUUCAGAUAAAUCCGAGGAGAAAAAUAAGUCAACUCGAGAUCAUGGGAGUUCAUCGUCCUCGUCUUCUCACCACAAAUCUUCGAAACAUGAGAAAGAGCGAAAACCUUCAUCAAGCUCGUCAUCAAAAUCUAAAGAUGACAAAAAUAAAUGUCCAAGCAAGAGUGUGAAGAAACAUUUGAAUGGUGACGAGGGGAUAGACUGCAAUUCUGGGGCGACAUUUGCUGAGGCUCUGGGUAUGUGUUCAGCUCCUAUUGUGAAGAAGAAAUCAGGUCCAGUUUCACCCAGCUCACCAGUGAUGAAGUCCAAGGCAGAAUCCAAUCCUUCGACAUCAAAACCAAAAUCAAUGAAGACUGAAAUUGUAGCCAAGGAGGAUCGCUUAUCACUGUUAGCACCAAACAUCAAAUUGGAGCCAUUGAGUGUUGAUCUUGACUCGACAUUACCAGAGAUCAGCACCAAUUACAAGCCACUGCCAGCCAAUAAUUACCUCAACAACACAGUUAAUCGAAAAAUAGAAGAGGAUAAGAUACUCAAUGAUGCUAUUUAUGCUAAAAAUGUAAGGACAAAGGUGUACUCGGGGAACAAAUCAGGAUACACAAGUGUUCCCACCCUCUAUGAUCUUUGUAUCAGAGUUUUAAUUGACAAUAUCGAUGCUCUGGAGGCCACUGGAGGUGUACCCUAUGAUAUUUUAAAGCCUGUCUUGGAGAAAGCCACACCUGAUCAACUAUUCAUGCUUGAGCAUCAUAAUCCUUACCUCAUUGAGGACACUGAUUCACUCUGGCAGUUUCAUUGUAAUAGACAGUUCCGAAAUAAGCAGAGAGAGGAAAUGGAGAGCUCGAGGGAAAUGUACAUGAGAUGUCUGGAUGAGAGAGAGGCCAAACUAAAAACUCUGACUGCUAAUAUCAAAGAGUCCAUUUGUAAGUCAGUACCUCUAAGGUCUGCUAAACUGGCUUUUGUGGACAAUAUAGUUAAACCUCCUAGAAAUGUUCUCAGAAAGCAAGCUAAAUAUGGUACUGCUUGUUCAUCAUCUAGCUCGGAUCUAAAGAAGAAGAUUAUUACUGGAGUAAAUGCUGCUACUAACAUUGCUGUUCCGCCACCACCUAUGUCCAGAGUAAGAACAUCUACUUCUGCAAUUGUGAAGAAAACCAAAGCACCGCUCAUGGCAAAAGCCCUCCAGCUAAUCAAAGGACGGUACAGGCGAUAAAUAACUCAUCGGCUGAUGGAGUUCCUAGGUUUUAAAAAUUUUUAAACAAAUAAUUUGUUAAUUCUCUUAUUUGUAACUGUAUCUUGUGAUUCGUCAAUUCUUGUCAAGUACGUGCCUCGAAAUGCACGUCGUCAAAUUAGUGAUAUCACGUAAUUGUUUCAGGUUCAUGAGUCUAAUAACUCAUGUAUUUUUUUAUGGCUUGCAUGUGUGAAUUUUGUUACGUCUAACUAGACGUAUGAUUUCUAGUUUAUUGGUCAGGACAAGAGACUAAUGAUAUGCGAAAUUUUGCAAAAAGUUUAAUUGCGCCGCCAAUCUAUUUUAUUGUUGAAUCAAUUAUUCUCAAUUUUACUGGACUCAUUAAGAAUAAGAAUACAUCACUAUUAGCAAUAUUUAUUUUUUCAUUGAUCAAAUCAAUUGAUUAAUCCUCUAUAAUUUUAAGUAUAUUCCUUAUUGUUAGAAAUACUCGAUUGUAAAAUGUUUUUUGUGGAGUCGAACCGGUGUAAAUAAUGUAAAAGAUGAAAGGAAUUACAUGUAUAAUUGAAAACGAAAAUAUUAGCGGUGAAUGGGAUUGAGAAAGAGUAGAGAGAAAAAGAAGGAAAAAAAUUGUAUUCACUGUGUAAUUGUACAUAUACAGGAUUCAUGUAUCUACAGAAAGUUGUUGUUUUUAAGUUAAAUGAAUUUGUGUAAUUAUCAUUCGAAAUAGCUCAUAUUACAAUUUAUUAUUUGGAAAGUAAAAUAAAAAGUACACUUUGAUGCGAA